GUGAGUUAAUUACAUAAGCAAAACGUAAAUGAUUCGCGGGAAAAGGUGAAAAAAUGGCGACUUGCACAGGCACAGUUUGAGCGCUGCACGGCCAGCACACCAGCCCGGGGAGAGAAAACUAACUUUACUCUGCGAAUGGAAGAGUGUGCAGCGAGUGGAGCAUUUCGAGCAUAACUUAUUCCUCCUGAGGAGUGGAGAGAAAUCAGCACGGAACUGUAGGUGUGCUUGGUAAGUAUGUUGGAAGGAGCCUACCGGGACAGCUACCUGGCUGUGGGUCCGGAGGAGCUGGAAGCCAAGCGGCUGCUGCCCAAACGCGAGAAGAGCUGCAGUGACCUGGAGAGCAAGCUGACCGUGGGGCAGUACGUUCUGUGCCGCUGGUCUGACGGCCUUUAUUACCUGGGGAAGAUCCAGAGGGUGAGCUCUUCAAAGCAGAGCUGCUUUGUCACAUUUGAGGACAACUCAAAGUUCUGGGUGCUGUGGAAAGACAUACAGCAUGCCGGCGUCCCGGGAGAAGAGCCCAAAUGCUCCAUGUGCUCUGAGAUGACUAUGGUGUCUGAUAAUAAAAUCCUUAUCUGUGGGAAAUGUGGAAUAGGCUACCAUCAGCUGUGCCACGUGCCACAGGUGGAGAGUUCGGCUGACCUCUCGCCGUGGUUCUGCAGGAAGUGCAUUUUCGCCUUAGCUGUGAGAAAAGGGGGCGCUCUGAAGAAGGGUCCCAUAGCCAAAGCUCUACAGGCCAUGAAGCAAGUCCUCACUUACAGCACAGAGGAGCUGGAGUGGGACUCGCUGCACCGCACCAAUCACCAGCAGUGCUACUGUUACUGUGGAGGACCUGGGGAAUGGUACCUGAAAAUGCUGCAGUGUUUCCGUUGUGAACAGUGGUUUCACGAGGCUUGCACACAGUGCCUGCAAGAGUCCAUGAUGUUUGGAGAUAGGUUUUACUUGUUCAUUUGCGCGGUGUGCAAUAAGGGAGUGGAGUACAUAAAACGUCUGGCUCUGCGCUGGGUGGAUGUGGUCCAUCUUGCCCUCUAUAACCUGGGAGUGCAGAGUAAGAAAAAAUACUUUGAACUGGAGGAGAUCCUCAGCUUCAUCAGCAACAACUGGGAUCAUUUCCAGCUGGGCAAGCUCACCAACACCCCUCCUUCAGAGAGAGGCCAGCUCAUCCUUGAUGCUCUUAACAAGUACAAAAGCAAGUUUCUGUGUGGAAAGGAGAUCAAAAAAAGGAAAUGCAUCUUUCGGCUGAGGACGCGAGUUCCUCCCAACCCUCCCUCCAAGCUCUUCCCAGAAAAGACCCCAAAAAGCGAGAGCAGCCGGGGCUGCAAGAAAGGAGGCGUGCGGAACGGCUGUGCUCCUAUGGAGAAGCGGAGGAAGAAGAGGUCUAAAUGGCUGCUGGAGGAUGCUAUUCCUAAUAAUGAGCUGAUGUCGACCUGGAGCUCCAAUCAUCACAUGGCUAAUAUCUUUGACUUCACACUCGAUGAGCUGCAGAGCUUGAAAAGCACUAGUUCAGGACGGACGUUCAGUCUGGAUCAGGACUCCACAGAUGCUGCCAGCACCUCAGGCUCCGCCACCACCAGUGUGUCCUAUGACUUCAGGAAGAACGUGGGCAGUCGGAAGAGGAAGUUGCCCUCGUCCAAUUACAGCGUGCUGGCCAGUAAGAGGGAGGUGAUGGAGAGUGAGCUGAGCCCUGUGGGUCUGCCUGGCGACGAGCCACCGGGCGCCAUCGACAGCCACACCUUCGAGAGCCUCAGCGAGGACGACUCUUCCCUCUCUCACCUAAAGUCCUCCAUAACCAGCUACUUUGGCGCUGCAGGCCGGCUCACCUGUGGUGAGAAGUACCAGGUCCUGGCCCGCAGGAUCACCCCAGAGGGCAAGGUGCAGUACCUGGUGGAGUGGGAGGGCACCACGCCCUACUGAGGGUUUUAAAAGAAGAGGAGGGAUCAGUUUUAACACAGUGUUCUCCACUUCCAGUCCUGGAGGGCCACAGCACUGCACAGUUCAGGAGUUCUGUGUUUGUUCUGCUCUAAACUCAAAAAAGGCUCUGCUGGGCAAGGACACUUAGCCGGUCCAAAUUGUCCAGAAUUGUGGAAAGUAGGGUUGCACGAUAUAUUGUUUGAACAUAUUACCACAGUAUUACCCUUUGCAAUAUUCUUUGCAAUUUUGCAAUAUAUUUUGCAAAAGACUGCGGUUUGCAGAUGAGCCAAAUAAAUAAUCGUGUGAUCCAAAAACUUAAAAAAUAUACAGAAUACUGCAUUAUUUAAAUUAACAUGCAAUAAUAAUGCAGGUCGAUGUUUUUUCAUAUCAAAUCAAGGGCUCACCAGUAUGUUUAAAAUCUGUUGCGAGAGACAUAUUGCAAACUCAGCAUGUAGAAAUAUAAUCUCAGUAUGGUGUUUUGUCCAUAUUGUGCAGUCCUGAUUGGUAGUCAGUGUCACUGUGAACACUCUUUAAUGGAUAAUGUGAUGUCAGCGAUGUGGUGCUUCUGACAAACUGGAUCGUCUGCAGUGCUGUGACCCUACAGGUCUGGAUCAGAAGAACGCUGGUUCAGACAGAGCGUCACAUUGCCCAAAGUAGUUCUCUUUAUUUUACUCUUUUCUUUACAGCUCUAAACAUCCAAGUUAUAGUUUUGUUAAAAUACCGUAAGUGGGAGAACAUUCACAUUCUAUGCUUACCCCACGUUGGGUACUGAAGUGUUUUAAUUCAUCGUCACAGUGUUCUGUUGACAGGGCACUACGAACAGCACAAAACUUGUUGUUUGGUUCACAGUCUUAGCAUGUAGUACUUAAUAUUCACGUAUUUUUGUAGUUUCAUCUGUUUUGGUUGUAGACUGGUUCUCACGUUUUUCAAUGAGACCAUCCUCCAUGGUCAGAAUAAUAUGUAUUUCAUGUUCCUUUCCAGUUAAGGUGUUAUGACAACGAACAGCUGAUGAAUGUUAACCCUGUAUCCGAGUUAAACUUACAAAAUAUAAGCUGUACUCCUUUUCUACCUAAAGGUGGCAGUAUAUAGACCCCACCCCACCCCCCAGGCUAUAUUGCUCAAAAAGGCCUUUAACAGCCAGAGUUAUUUUCCAGUAUUUUAUUUUUGGGAUGAACAAAGUUAAUCUGUUCUUCAUAAUGUUGUUAAUGAUACAUAAUUGAUAUUUUCCUUGUUGAUCAUAUCAUUAGAUUUGAUAUUGUUGAAGUUUCAGUUAUGGUCAGAUGAUUACAUAUAAGAUGGAUAUCUGGGAAUGAUACAGACCUUUUAAAAAUGUCUACAACACUAUAAACAAUUAGACAAAGAGCGAGUGUUGUAAACGUCUUGUUUUGCAGAAGGAAUGGUACUUUUGUAUGAGUUUUAUUUUUGCACACUCUAGAUUAACAGAAAGGAAACUCUGGUUGUGUUAGUAGUUUUAAAAUGGUUUUAGUCUGCACUUUCCUCAUUUUUUUCCGUCAUAGUUUGCGUAUUUGUAGGUGAAGGCGUAACCAAAGCAAUGCAGAUACUAUUGUAAGAAUUUGUACGACAGUAUUUCCAGUUGUGCCUGCAUUCCUCCAACAUGGCGUGUGUAGUACAGAGCAUUUAGACUGCCGGUGCAGUUACAGAGCACUUAUAGUGUAGUAGAGCAUGUAGUAGGUGUAGUAUUGGUCCUGACAGCACUGUGCCAUUCAAUCGACUGGAAUAAGUUUACCUGAUCGAAUUAACACUUUGUCGUAACAGCGAGCGUUAAAUUUAGUAUCACAUUGCCUUCAGGAUGUCUACAGUGUACAUCAAAACAAAAUAAAUUACAGACUUAUCAGGCUUUAGAUGCAAAAUGGGGCUACUUUACUUAACUUUUUAAGUCCAUGCAAAAAAUUCUACGGUUUAAUCUCCUCUUUUCCGUUUAUCGUGUGAUUUCUCAGUGCUGCUGUUGCAUUUAUUUGAUCUGUAAAGAUCUAACAAAGAGGAAAAUGCAUGGGUUUGUGUUUAGUUUGUGCCACAAACUAAAUUUUUGAACAAGAAAAUGCAUGAAUAGGAAUAUUUACAGGGCUGAUUAUAAUUGGAUCGUUCUGGUUUUGUUGUCACUCGCUUGCUUCACUUGCUUCAUUGUAUGGCUAGACAGUAUGACGAUAUGUUAUUGUUAUCAUGAUAAAUUGUCACAAUAUGCUUCUCUAAAUAUGUCAUACUUCUAGAACACAGAAAAACUAUCAGAAAUAAGAUUUAAAACGAUCAGAGAUCCUGUAAACAAAAAGAAGUAUAUGAUGAUAUGAUAUCAGUAUUUUUACAACACUGAACAACUGGAUAGUUUAUAAAUAAGACAGAUUUAAACCAGUUGUAAUUAGAAUUAAACCAAGUGUAUAGUAAAUAAAUACACUGCAUGGUAACACAUAUUGAAAGCGUUACACUGUUUGGAUGUCAGCCAAUAAUACUAUUUCUUAUAGCUUUUGUUUUAAACAUGUCUGCUGUUUUGCUGGUGCAUUCUGUUCCAAAUUGUUCAUAAAUUUUAGAAAAAAGUAAAUACUGUGAUACGUAUUGUGUAUAGUGAAGAGUUUAGUUCAAUAUCAUGAUGGUAUAUUAUGCCAUGAUGUUUUUUGCUGCAUCACAGAGCCUUACUUCACAAGUUAAAUCAGGUGUGUUAAAGCAGAGAAAACUGUGCAGUGCUAUGGUUCUCCAGGACCAAAACUGUCCAUCCCUGGCAAAUUUCUUGUUAGUGUAAAUAUCCAUUUGCAGCAGAAAACUUUCACUGUCACAGCCAAGUCAAACCACUUUUAUUUUACUCCUAUAGCAUUUUGAAUUUUAGAAAUAUGUUCUGUAAUGUCGUGUCAUUUCCAAAGAAAUUCUUCCUGACGGUUUUGUUUAGCUACAGCUUGUAUACGAGUCCUAAGGGAGGGUGGAUUUCACCUUUCACCUAGUUUCAGUUGACUGGAAAAUUUACGUUGGAAGUAUGAUCUCUCUGUGUAUCAUAUUAGUACGAUGAGUUUAUCGGACAUUAUUAGUUUUUACAGUGUUAAAAAAGAUUAAAUAUACUUUAUUAUUUACAUGUAUAUAAUUGGAGAAACGUUUAGCCCCCUUUAUCGUAUUGCACUAUUAACACGUUUUCUCAGCUAUGCAAGCUAUUAUUGGUUAAUUGAUUUGUCAUAUAUUUUAUAAUUGAUUAGAAGAGAAAAAAACCUUUUUAUACAAAGCACUUACGUGUGCAUCUUGUUGAUAUAUAAAAUGUUUUAUUGAAAUAUUUCCCCAACUAAAAAACAUUUAUGCAAAUUCAUACAAAUUCCAGUACAAUAGUUAAAGCAUAACACAAAGCAUAAGUCAAAUUUUAACCUUGUAGAUCAUCAAGUUUAAGUAACGGUUGAUAGUUCAGCUGCUGAUUCUGAAGUUGUUUCUAAUCUUGUGGUUAUGAUGUUAAAGCUCAAGUCAGGAGCUGCUGAAAUGGCCCACGUGUGGCUGUGUAGCCACCAAACACCACCAAAAAGCCCAGUGAGAAUGUUUCUUAAAGCUGCCUGGAUUGAUUGGAUUAGCAGACUGAAGGUGGCAUCCGUUUCCCUGCCACUUUGUCUUGGCUGCUUUCCGUUGGGAGAUGACUGAACAUCUUUAGUCCUGUAGAGCAGCUCAAUCAUCCAGACGAUGAUCUCACAAACCAUCCUGACGGGGCUGAAAGUAAACUGAAAUAACCAUGUAGUGUUUCCUACAACAGAGUUGUAAUGUAACUUGCUUUAAGCUGUACAUAGGGAACUUAUAGGUCUUUUUUCGCCUAUAUUCAUGUAUGUUAGAUGUGUUAACAUAGGUUUUGCAAUAUAUAAUAACUGGUGUUUCAUUCAUGAACAAUUCACUCGAGUUUUAAACAAUAAAAAAGCAUUUUGUCAGAA